AUGGCCCAAUCCAAGAGUAAUCCCCCUAAAGUUCCAGAGGGCUGGAAAGCAGUAUUUGACGAGGAAUACCAGACAUAUUUCUUUGUGGACUUGAGGACGAGCAAAUCACAAUGGGAAGAGCCUAAAGGAACGUCUUGGAACAGUGAGAUGCCCCCUCCUUACGCUGAGAGUCGUCCCGCAGGCAGCCCCUACGGACAAGCCGGAAAGGGCGCUUCUAGCAGUAACUUUUCACAGCAAAGCCAGCAGUCUCAGCAACAACCUCAGCAGGGCUAUUCGCGACAGGGCUACGCUCAACAGGCGUUCCAGCAACAGGGUUAUGCUCCACAGCAAGGCUACUACCCUCAGCAAGGUUACUAUCCACAGCAACAGGGCUACUAUCCACAACAACAGCAGGGCUACUAUCCACAACAACAGCAGGGCUACUAUCCACAGCAGCAGGCCCAGCAAGGCCGUAAAAACAACAAGGGGGCCCUCAUGGGUGGCUUGAUGGGUGUCGGAGGCGGUUUGUUGGCAGGGUCUUUGCUUACGUCAGCGAUGAUGCCACACGAGACGAUCGUGGAGAACAACUACUACGGCAACGACAACAACGAUUACGGUGGCGGAGGCGACUUUGGCGGAGGCGAUUUCGGUGGUGGUGACUUUGGUGGUGGUGACUUUGGUGGUGGUGAUUUUUGA